AUUAGCAUUACCACUGUGUGCACACAACGACUACCACGUCUCUGAGAAAAGACGACAUUCCUUGCCAAACAGCUUUAUUCUUGUUAACCUGUAUACAUCAAGAAAGGUGCAAUGAAGCGACACCUUUUGAUCAUUAGUGUUUUGAAGUGUUUGGUUCUAACCACUCAAGGAGAAGGGGAAAAACAGCAGCUGACAACAGAUGGAUUUAACUUUGAAGAGUACAAUGAUACCAUUGAGGAUGAGGAUCAGUCAACUCCUUGCAGUGUAAAUGUGCCUGGAUUCAAUAGUAUGGGCCUGAUGAUCACCUACAUCAUCGUGUUUGUUUUCAGCAUGGUAGGCAACAGUGUAGUUGUCUAUGUGGUUUGUUAUAUGAAGAAAGGCAGAGCCAGCACAGACGUCUACUUAAUGCACCUGGCGAUGGCAGACCUUCUCUUCUCUUUUACCCUCCCGUUCUGGGCCAUCGAUGUUCAUUCUGGUUGGAUCUUCGGCAACUUCCCGUGCAAACUUCUGUCCUGCUUUCAGGAGGCAUCAGUUUACAGUGGUGUUUUCCUGCUGGCAUGCAUCAGUGUAGACCGUCACUUUGCCAUAGUGAGAGCUACACGUGCCCUGUCCUCGCGUCACCUGUUGGUGAAAGUGACGUGCAGUAUCGUGUGGCUGGUGGCUGGAAUGCUGUCCUUACCUGUGGCAAUUCAGAAGGAGAGCCUGCAUAUUGAAGACCUGGGUCAGUCCAUUUGCUAUGAAAACCUAACUGGUGAAAGCAGUCACCACUGGCGUGUUGGCAUACGCGUUCUACGCCACACGAUGGGCUUUUUCCUGCCACUGCUGAUAAUGGCUGUCUGCUACGGGUGGACUUUGGUGACGCUGUUUCACGCACGUAAUCAACAAAAGCAAAAGGCCAUGCGCGUCAUCCUGGCAGUUGUGUUUGCAUUUGUUCUGUGCUGGCUGCCUUAUAACGUUACAGUACUGAUUGACACACUCAUACGAGGAGGAUCAAUUGAGGAGACAUGUGACACUCGCUACAGAGUGGAAUGGAUGCUAAAUGUGACCCAGCUGUUGGCCUUCAUGCACUGUGCAGUGAAUCCAGUGCUGUACGCCUUCAUUGGGCAGAAGUUCCGUAACCAGCUGCUCUCAGCUCUUUACAAACAUGGCCUCAUCAGCAAGAGGCUCCAGGUGGCUUACAGGAAGAGCUCUUUCAGCAGCGUAGGGAGCAUCAGAUCUAGACACACGUCCACUACUAUGUAAUGAUCUUCUGAUAGAUGAUUAUUUACAUACAACAUAUUUGAAAAGACAAUUUGCUUUCUUGCCAGUGGUUAGAUGAGAAGAUAGAUACCACACUCAUGUCUGUACGAGUCAAUGCAUAGCUGGAGCCAGCAGCUGGUUAGCUUAGCUUACCAGAAAGACUUGAAACAAGGCUAUACAGUUAGCCUAGCUCUGUCCAAAGAAAACAAAAUCCACCUUUGUACAAAAUGACAAUUAGCUUUUUUUUAAAACAGGGAUCUUAUACCAAAGUAUUUCUUGACAGAGAGCAGUACUGUCCUUAAAUUUUAGAGAUGCUGCAGGUAGAUGUUGCCUUGUAUUGAACACAGAGACAUGGGUGUGGAAUUGAUUUUCUCAAAUAAUUCAAGAAAGUGAUUAAGCUUAUUUCCAAAAAUGCCAAACUAUUCCUCAUUUUGUAACCAUGUUAGUAACCAUUGGGCAUUGGGUCAUCCCCUAAUGUUUAAUUGCCAUAACGAAAUAAUACCAAGGAUGUACAUGGUUCACAUAGCUAGUGUCAAAGUUAAAAUGAAUACGUCGCUUCAGUGCUUCAGCUGGAUGUCUGAUAUAGGAUCCUGUCACAGCCCAGAUGUGUACCCUCGGGAGGCAGUAAAAAAAACAACUCUAUGUAUGACAUUGUUUGAAGUGUAGGCUAAUUAUUGAGUCCGACAAGUUUGCACUCCAGAGCAAAAAAAAAACUGAAUGCUCAACCUCAAAAAUAUCAAUCAGUUUUUAGUGGAGGAAAAUGUGGCACACCAUUACAGUAGUUCAUGAGAAAGCUGUACAGUCAUUAUGGUGUGCCAUACUUUCCCUACUUUCUCUAGAUUUUAUUGUUGAUUAUGUGAGUUUUACAAAGCCUGUGUUUUUUUCACAUGUUUUUGUGGAACACUGGAAAUGACUAGAAAGCCAUUAAAACAUUGUGAACUGUUUUUGCUAUUCUUACACCAGAGAGUAGUGAACAAUCACAAUCAGAUAUCUUAAUCUUUCAAACAGGAAGAGGUGGUGAAAUCCGCUUUGCCUGCUGGUACUGGGUACAUUUUUAAUCAAUGCUGUAAUCAGAAAAUGCUUUGUUUUUCAUUGUCCACCCACUUGUUUUGCAGUUACAUACAUAAGAAUUAAAACUUUUUCUGUUAAUCUGAAUGUCUACCACGAUUAUUUGAAUGUCUGAGUAUGUGCGGUUAGUACUUGUGGAUAUGAUGAGUGUGUGUGUGUGUGUGUGUUUGUGUGUAUGUGUGUGAGAGAAUUUGUAUACCAGUGUGGGUGGCUCUGUGGCUUACACAUAGGAAGAAGGGGGCAAUUGCGUUUCAUGCAAAGUUGUGCAGCAGCUGUGGUUGCAAAACAAAAUUACAUGUAAAAGAUGGGAUGUUUUUCCAUUUUCUGAUCAUAUGAAUUCUUACUGUAUUCUUCUGUUCUUCUCAAUAUGCAAAACUCAUUUGAAAAAGCCAAAAUAUACUCUUGAAUGAAAAAAAUAAAAAUAGAACAAUUUAAAUAAAUCCUUAAACCCUAAA